GGCACUAGGCGCCUGCGCACGUCGCGCUCGACUUUGCCAAGUCGCUGCCGGAGGCCGGGCGGGCCGCGCUGCCAUCUUGGACCUGAGGGACGGGGGAGCUGCGGCCGAUUCAAGAUCCAGCCCAUAUUAUGGCUGGCAGUGGGUCCAGAUCAGGACCAGCCAGUGGGUUGUCCAUGAAAUCACAGCUUCAGAUCACUGUUAUUUCAGCAAAACUAAAAGAAAAGAAUAAAUGGUUUGGACCUAGCCCUUAUGUGGAAGUCUCAGUAGAUGGACAGUCAAAGAAGACAGAAAAAUGCAACAAUACAAAUAGUCCAAAGUGGAAACAGCAUCUUACAGUAAUUGUCACUCCUAUAAGUAAAUUAAACUUUCGUGUCUGGAGCCAUCAAACAUUAAAGUCUGAUGUCCUUCUGGGAAGUGCUGCUCUGGAUAUUCACGAGACUUUGAAAUCCAACAGUAUGAAACUGGAGCAGGUAGUGGUGACAUUGCACCUGGUUGGUGACAGGGAGCCAGCAGAAGUGGUGGGAGAUCUGUCAGUUUGUCUGGAUGGAAUGCAGGUUGACCCCGAGCUCCUGACCAAUGGGGAAUCUUCAAGUACAAGAAGUCCUACACAGAGUGAAAACUCCAGAGUAAGGAGUGAUACACGGACUAACUCAAAUGGCCUUGAAAACUGUGAGGAUGCUGCUUCCAGUGAAAACAAGACUGUUAAUGGCAGUGACUCUCCGUUACUCACAAAUGGAAACUGCAAACCUGCCAGACCUCCCAGGCCUGCCAGGCCCCCGCCCCCCACUCCCCGCAGACCCCCGUCAGUUGCUGCAAGUGCAAAUGGUCCUUCAUCCACAUCCACAGAAAGCGAUGGGGCCAGUGCAGGAUCACUGGCAGGUACAGCCUCAAAUACACCUUCAGAGCAGAGCCCUGAGGGGGCAACAGCAGCAACCACAGCUCCUGCCACUCCUGCACUCACCACACCUCCAGUGUCAAGACAAGUCCAGCCAGUAAAUCCUUCACCUCAGGCCCUUACUACAGUCAGCCAAGGUCCUCUUCCACCUGGUUGGGAGCAAAGAGUAGACCAGCAUGGUCGAGUGUACUAUGUGGAUCAUGUUGAAAAAAGGACAACGUGGGAUCGGCCAGAGCCUCUUCCUCCAAGCUGGGAGCGCCGAGUUGACAACAUGGGGAGGAUUUAUUACGUUGACCACUUCACCAGAACGACGACGUGGCAGAGACCAACGCUGGAGUCUGUCCGGAAUUACGAGCAGUGGCAGCUCCAGCGCAGCCAGCUCCAGGGAGCCAUGCAGCAGUUCAACCAGAGGUUUAUAUAUGGGAACCAGGAUUUUUCAUCCACACAGAACAAAGAGUUUGAUCCUCUUGGCCCUCUGCCACAUGGAUGGGAAAAGCGAACUGACAGCAAUGGCAGAGUGUAUUUUGUCAAUCACAACACACGAAUCACUCAGUGGGAAGACCCCAGGAGUCAGGGUCAGUUAAAUGAGAAGCCCUUGCCAGAGGGCUGGGAAAUGCGAUUUACUGUGGAUGGAAUUCCCUAUUUUGUGGAUCACAACAGAAGAACCACUACAUACAUAGAUCCCCGCACGGGAAAGUCUGCUCUAGACAAUGGACCCCAGAUAGCUUAUGUGCGUGAUUUCAAGGCCAAGGUGCAUUAUUUCAGAUUCUGGUGUCAGCAACUGGCAAUGCCACAGCACAUAAAGAUCACAGUGAGCAGGAAAACAUUAUUUGAGGACUCAUUUCAGCAGAUAAUGAGCUUCAGCCCUCAGGAUCUCCGGAGACGUUUAUGGGUUAUUUUCCCUGGUGAAGAAGGUUUAGAUUAUGGAGGUGUGGCAAGGGAGUGGUUCUUUCUAUUGUCACACGAAGUUUUGAACCCCAUGUAUUGCCUGUUUGAAUAUGCAGGGAAGGAUAACUACUGCUUACAGAUAAACCCAGCUUCUUACAUCAAUCCAGACCACUUGAAAUAUUUCAGGUUCAUUGGGAGGUUCAUUGCCAUGGCUUUGUUCCAUGGGAAGUUCAUUGACACUGGUUUCUCUCUGCCAUUCUAUAAACGUAUCCUGAACAAGGCAGUAGGACUCAAGGAUUUAGAAUCAGUUGACCCAGAGUUUUACAACUCUCUCAUCUGGGUAAAAGAGAAUGAUAUUGAAGAAUGUGGCUUGGAAAUGUUUUUUUCUGUUGAUAAAGAAAUACUAGGUGAAAUCAAAAGCCAUGAUUUGAAGCCAAAUGGUAGUAACAUUCUGGUCACAGAAGAAAAUAAAGAAGACUACAUCAGGCUAGUAGCAGAAUGGAGACUGUCCCGAGGUGUUGAGGAGCAGACACAGGCUUUCUUUGAAGGCUUCAAUGAAAUUCUGCCACAACAGUAUUUGCAGUAUUUUGAUGCUAAGGAACUGGAGGUACUUCUCUGUGGAAUGCAAGAAAUUGACCUGAAUGACUGGCAGAGACACACCAUCUACAGGCACUACACCAGGACCAGCAGGCAGAUUGUGUGGUUCUGGCAGUUUGUGAAAGAAAUAGAUAAUGAGAAGAGGAUGAGACUCUUGCAGUUUGUGACUGGAACAUGCAGAUUGCCAGUAGGAGGAUUUGCUGACCUCAUGGGGAGCAAUGGACCCCAAAAAUUCUGUAUCGAAAAAGUUGGAAAGGAAAACUGGUUACCCAGAAGUCAUACCUGUUUCAAUCGCUUAGACCUUCCACCAUAUAAGAAUUAUGAACAGCUGAAGGAAAAGCUGUUAUUUGCAAUUGAAGAAACAGAAGGAUUUGGACAAGAGUAGCUGAAAUUUGCACCUCGAAGAAUGUGAACCCAACACGAUUAGCAUUUUUGCUACUGAUGCACUGGGAAGUUCAUUGGUAGCUGCAAUGCUGCAGCAGCAUCCUCAGCCUCUUAACAGCAGUGUCAGAGCCAGUCUGGAUCCACCUCCGUGCCAUGAGCAGCUCCAUUCCUUAAGCUCCUUUUUCUAACUCAAGUGUGGCCAGACUGUUUUUCCUUGCCUGGAGUCUGUUCAAGUGCCAGCUGGACUGAAGCUGCUGUUUAAGGGGAUGUCAAACUGUGGCACAAAUCCAGGGCAUAGCUUCGCAUUGGUUUAUCCCAAUCCUGCUCCUGUCAGCAAAAGAGACACCUGCCCAAAGUUGUUGGAACACUGCUCUGUGCCCUCUGAAGAGUUCUGAGCUUUUGCUGUGUAACACAUUUUAACUUUGAAAUCAAUAUUAACACUGUGGUACUUCACUUGUUUUGCAAAAGACAAGCCCAGCUGGGUUUGCACUGACUCCAUUGAGGUUCCUGUUUGCAGGCUGUUUGUCAGCAGUGUUAAUGGACAUUACCCUCAGUGUUUUUCCUACAUGUUGCAGUCAGUUUGCUCCGAAGAGUUCGUUUGGCUCUCAGGAAGACACACAAAACAACUGGAUUCAGAAAAUGAUCCUACUCAUCAUUUCUGCGGAUGAACUGAUGUGUGAGACUGGCUGAGGCCAAGAGGAUUAGAAAGUUCAGACACGGAUUACAGGCUGAGGUGGAGGAAACACUGAAGCGAAUCCAGAGCCAGAAGGGAGUGCAGGGAAUCAUCGUGGUGAAUGCAGAAG